AUGUCGCAAGAACCGUACGUUUUCACGUUGAAAAAGCGAAAUACAGAGGAUUCCGAUGACGAUUGGGAUCGAUACUCGGAAAAUGUGCGUCCGACGCGGCGGGGACGGAAAAUUGACGCUCUGAAGCGGGUAAACUCAUUUUUUCCAUAAAGAUCUUGUUUAUUCGAUGUUUCAGAAACCAGAGGAAGUGGUCACAGAGGCGACGGCUCGUGAAAAGCUGGAUGAACUGCUCGCGGAGCUCGAUACGGAAAAUAUUGAUGAAAUUCAGAAAGUUCUCGAUUUUUGCUCGUGGUUCGAGCAGAAACUCCCAAUCGGAUCGCAUAAAUUGUACUAUGAACUCUUGUGGAAAGUGAUUAGCAGGUUCUGAAUGAAAUAAGUAGGACAAUCGAUAAAAUGUUUCAUUUUAGGCCCGGAUUCUUGGAAAAGUACAAAGAGGAGGAGAAAAUGCUGAAAAUUUGGGAGAAGUUGGCGGAUAACAGCGCCGGACACGCCCACGACAUUUAUCAGUUUGCGAUCAGCCGCAAUUCGUUGAUUCGGUCAGUAAAAAAAGAACAUAGCGAAAAAACCCGCAACUAAUUGUUCAGAUGCGCGUCGCUGUACGCCCGAUGGUCCCAGUCGGUGGAGCUGGCGGGAGCCCACGUGGAAGCCCGUCGCGUGCUCAUUCUGGCCCGAUCCAACUGCGCCGUUCCUCUGAAAAUCAUAAACGACGCCGAGGACGAACUGGAAAUGCGAGAGAUGCGCAGACAUUUGCAGGAGAAGGAUUCGGACGAGGAGGAGGAGGAGGAGGAGACCCGCAGGGCUUUCACCAAUUUACCAGGUUUUUUAGCCUCAGAAUUCGAAGUAAAAUUAGAAGCUAUGUGUCCCGUACUAUCUUCCAGAGAUCCUCGGAAGUGAAAAUUUACGUUUGCGGAAUUUUUGUUGAAAAUCCCUAAAAUUUGCAGUGAUCGGCGCGAAGCACACGGUUCCGAUUGUCCGUUUGCCGUCAAUGUGCUCGGAUACGACGAAGAAAAAAAUGCAGUACGACACGAAAAACGAGGAGAAAAUCGAGGCGGUGUGCACGGAUAAUAUCAUGCAGCCGUUCGAGGUAUGCAAUGUUCUAUUGUUGUUGAACAAUUGGCUAAAAUAAAGAGAUGUCCGUUAUUUGUCAUUAAAUGCUCACUUCAGGUGCUCUCGUACGCGGAUGCGGAUGACGUGGAAUACCUGAAGAAUGUUCACGAACUGAACGCGCACAUUGAGCGAUAUGCAAUCAAGGAAUCGGCUGGAAAUCAGCGAAUCGGAGGAGCUGGAACUUCUGCCCAAGGAUCCACUACGGUUGGUCGUUUUUCGUAAAUUCCGUAUAAUUUGUGGAACAAAUUGCAGAUCUAUCCGGUGGCGGAGCCCGAAUUCGAAGUGUGGACCGUCGAGGGAUCGGACCCGAAAAAACCGAAAGCGCGGAUGGCGAUUAAGCGCAUUUUCAAGGAAAUGUCCUUUGAGGUUUGUGAAGCAUUUUUUGCGAAUCUUUUACGAUGAAACAUCAAAAUUUCCAGGAAUACGCGGCGUCGCUCCUUCCAAAUCACCCGUCAAUGCUGAGAACAGCUGUUAAGAAGUUGGACUUUGAUGAAACUCUCUGA